GGGCAGGGCGGGCUAGAAUUCGUUAUUCCAGGCCGAGUGUGUGGGAGGAACGCAGUGCCUGGAAUCGGAGGGAAGAAAGGCGCCUCGAGGAGGAAGGGCACCCGCUCGGGGUUCAGUGGCACAAGACCUACAAAGAAGUCUAGGCAAGGCGCGGCUGGCCACAGUCCAGCUGGUCGAAAGGUAAUUAAUCAGAAGAGAAUCAACAAUCAUUUCUACAGUCUCUUGAUGGAUCCUGUCCGGCCAUUGUUCAGGGGGCCCACCCCUGUCCAUCCAUCUCAGUGUGUUCGGAUGCCAGGCUGUUGGCCACAAGCUCCUAGACCUUUGGACUCAGGCUGGGGUAGGGCAGGACCUACAGGCAGAGGCCUUGUCUUUAGAAAGCCAGAGGAAUCCAGCCCACAGCUCCAGCCUGUACAAAAGGAGUCUGUGGGUUUGGUGUCCAUGUUCCGUGGCAUGGGCCUUGAUACGGCCCUCCGGACCCCUUCAAAACGAGAAGCGCCUUCUUUAGGCAGAGGCGUUUUAGGUCGAGGCUUGUCUGCUAACAUGGCCUGCAAAGACAGAGAAGAACCCCGUUCCUCUUUGCCUGAUCCUUCGGUACUGGCAGCUGGGGACAGCAAGCUGGCAGAGGCUUCAGUUGGUUGGAGUAGAAUGCUGGGAAGAGGCAGUUCUGAUGUCUUGUUACCGCUGGGAAGAGCAGCCAGUAGUAUAGGCCGAGGAGUGGAUAAGUCUCCCAGCGCCUUUGGCCUGACCGCUCGGGAUCCCCCACGGCUGCCACAGCCUCCAGCUCUGUCUCCGACCUCACUGCACUCUGCAGAUCCCCCUCCAGUCCUGACUAUGGAGCGAAAGGAAAAAGAGCUUUUGGUCAAGCAAGGAUCAAAAGGAACCCCUCAGUCUUUAGGACUGAACCUCAUCAAAAUCCAGUGUCAUAAUGAAGCAGUGUAUCAGUAUCACGUGACUUUCAGCCCCAAUGUGGAGUGCAAAAGCAUGAGGUUUGGCAUGUUGAAGGACCAUCAAGCUGUCACAGGAAACGUCACUGCUUUUGAUGGGUCUAUUCUCUAUCUUCCUGUUAAGCUUCAACAAGUUGUUGAGUUAAAAAGCCAGAGAAAAACUGAUGACGCCGAGAUCAACAUCAAGAUCGAGCUGACGAAGAUUCUUGAGCCCUGCUCUGACUUGUGCAUCCCCUUCUACAACGUGGUUUUCCGACGGGUAAUGAAACUUCUGGAUAUGAAGCUAGUGGGGAGAAACUUCUACGACCCUACAAGUGCCAUGGUACUACAGCAACACAGGUUGCAGAUAUGGCCUGGCUAUGCAGCUAGCAUCCGGAGGACAGAUGGAGGUCUCUUCCUGCUCGCUGAUGUCUCUCAUAAAGUCAUUCGGAAUGACUCUGUGCUGGAUGUCAUGCACGCUAUCUACCAGCAGAACAAGGAGCACUUCCAGGACGAGUGUAGCAAGCUUCUGGUCGGCAGCAUUGUCAUCACACGCUACAACAACCGCACCUACCGCAUCGACGACGUGGACUGGAACAAGACCCCCAAAGACAGCUUUGUGAUGUCAGAUGGGAAGGAGAUCACGUUCCUGGAGUACUACAGCAAAAACUACGGGAUCACAGUUAAAGAAGAUGACCAGCCGCUGCUCAUCCACAGGCCCAGUGAGAGACAGAAUAACCACGGCACACUGCUGAAGGGUGAGAUCCUGCUGUUGCCUGAGCUCUCCUUCAUGACGGGGAUCCCUGAGAAGAUGAAGAAGGACUUCAGGGCCAUGAAGGACUUGACUCAGCAGAUUAACCUGAGCCCUAAACAGCACCACACUGCUUUGGAAUGCCUGCUGCAGAGAAUUUCACAAAAUGAUACAGCCAACAAUGAGCUGACCCGCUGGGGGCUCAGUCUGCAAAAAGAUGUCCACAAGAUUGAAGGGCGUCUUCUGCCAAUGGAGAGGAUUAACUUAAGGAAUACUUCAUUUGUCACGUCUGAGGACCUGAACUGGGUUAAAGAAGUGACCAGAGAUGCUUCCAUCCUGACUAUUCCCAUCCAUUUCUGGGCACUUUUUUACCCAAAGAGAGCAAUGGACCAGGCCAGAGAACUGGUUAACAUGUUGGAGAAGAUAGCUGGCCCCAUUGGCAUCCGCAUAAGCCCCCCAGCCUGGGUUGAACUGAAGGAUGACCGAAUAGAGACCUACGUCAGGACCAUUCAGUCCCUCCUGGGAGUUGAGGGGAAGAUACAAAUGGUCGUUUGCAUCAUCAUGGGCACACGUGAUGAUCUCUAUGGGGCCAUCAAGAAGCUGUGCUGUGUGCAGUCCCCAGUGCCCUCCCAGGUCAUCAAUGUCCGAACCAUCGGUCAACCCACCAGGCUUCGGAGUGUGGCUCAGAAAAUUCUAUUGCAGAUGAACUGUAAACUGGGUGGUGAGCUCUGGGGAGUGGAUAUUCCACUGAAACAGUUAAUGGUGAUCGGGAUGGAUGUAUACCAUGACCCCAGCAGAGGCAUGCGCUCUGUGGUUGGCUUUGUUGCCAGCAUAAAUCUCACACUCACCAAAUGGUAUUCGAGGGUGGUGUUCCAGAUGCCACAUCAGGAAAUUGUGGACAGCCUGAAGCUCUGCCUGGUGGGCUCCUUGAAAAAGUAUUAUGAGGUGAACCACUGUCUCCCAGAGAAGAUCGUGGUCUACCGAGAUGGAGUGUCUGAUGGCCAGCUAAAGACAGUUGCCAACUAUGAGAUCCCUCAGCUGCAGAAGUGCUUUGAAGCUUUUGAGAACUACCACCCCAAGAUGGUGGUGUUUGUGGUUCAGAAGAAAAUCAGCACCAAUCUGUACCUUGCCGCUCCCGAUCACUUUGUGACCCCCUCCCCUGGGACUGUGGUUGAUCAUACCAUAACCAGCUGUGAGUGGGUGGAUUUCUACCUUCUUGCCCAUCAUGUGCGGCAGGGCUGUGGCAUACCUACACACUACAUCUGUGUCCUGAACACUGCAAAUCUGAGCCCUGAUCACAUGCAGAGGUUGACUUUCAAACUGUGCCACAUGUACUGGAAUUGGCCUGGUACUAUCCGAGUUCCAGCUCCUUGCAAGUAUGCCCACAAGCUAGCCUUCCUGUCUGGACAGAUUCUGCAUCAUGAACCAGCCAUCCAGCUGUGUGAGAACUUGUUCUUCCUGUAACUGGCAGCGUGGACACUGGCUACAAGGGGCAACUGGACUCCAGCUCUGCUCAUUCUCACAGAAUCAACAGAAACGGGAGUGGGGUUUUAUGUUGGCAUUUUCUCUUUCUCCAUCCUUGUAGAAUUAGAUUUCUCUUCUUUUAACCCUGGUAUUACAGUAGAGUGUGGUGGUGCAUGUCUGUUAUCCCAGCACUUGGGAAACUGAAGCAGAAGGAUCUUUAGUUCAAGGCCAGCUAGGGCUACAUGGUGAGUUGCAGGCUAGCCAAGGUUACAGAGUGAGACCCUGUCUCAAAAAACAAAACCCCCAUCCCCCCAAAGCCCACAACAAAACCAAACCUUGCUCUCGGUCAAGGAAGCAAGUUUCUAGGUACCAGCUACAAGCUGCAUUGCUGCUCUUGUAGAGCAGAGUGGUGUCAGCAGUGCUGCCCCUGUGCGAAGCGCAGCAUCAAGAACGCAGCACUAGGGGGCCAGGUCAGUGAUAAAGCAUGCACUUAGCAUGUAAAAUCCCUGAGUCCAGUCCUCAGCAAUCCUCCUA